GCUCGGCAGUGAGGACGCCAAUGAAACGCCUCAGAUCCGCUUAACUUUUUAAUACUCCUCAAGACUUCAGACAACACGUCCAGCGUGAUUUUUUAUCACUGUGAGCCGUGUUAUUUCUCAAAGUAAGCGUGUUUAAUCCACUUUCUGUCGUGUUUGUGGCGGUAUUUUUGAGUGCUCGUGCAGAGGAUGGCGGCGAUCAAGGCGCUCCAGCAGUGGUGUAAGAUUCAAUGUGAUGGAUACAGAGAUGUGACCAUUAACAACAUGACCACAUCAUUCAGAGAUGGACUGGCUUUCUGCGCUCUUAUUCACAAAUUCAGGCCAGAUCUCAUAAACUUUGAGUCUCUCUCCAAAGACAAUGUGUAUUACAACAACCAUUUGGCUUUCCAUGUGGCUGAGGAACAUCUGGGAAUUCCAGCUCUUCUGGAUGCGGAGGACAUGGUGGCUUUGCCUGUCCCGGACAGACUCAGCAUCCUCACAUAUGUGUCACAAUACUAUAACUACUUCCAUGGUCGCUCGCCAAUAGGGGGAGUAGGAGGUAUCAAGCGUCAUGCGGAGGACUCCAAGGAGAUGCCAUCAGAGAAGAAGAACCUGCCUGUGGUUGCCAAAAAUCUGAAUCUCAAAACAAAUACAGAGAAUCGUCCUCCACAAACUGAAAUGCCAAAAAAUAUCAAAGACAACCAUCGUCCAUCUCUUAACAUCCAGAAAACUGCUCCAGAGAAGCACGUUUUAGCCACUCCAGCACGGCAGACUGGCACUGAAUGGCACAAAUCUUCAGGGACAAAAUGUGUACAGACACCAGCCACAUCACUCAGAGCAGAAUCUCAAAAGCCAUAUCCAGAUGCUGAGAAGAAAACAGUUUUGGUGGAGACGUCAAAUAAAAGCGGCACAUUGAAAAGUGACUGUACAGUAUGUGGGAAUCAUGUACAUCUGGUCCAGAGACACCUGGUGGAUGGAAAACUUUACCAUCGAAACUGCUUUAAAUGCAGUGUGUGCUAUGGCACAUUGAAGUCUGGGGCAUUUAAAUUGGGAGCGGACCCUGGAUCACUGGUCUGCAGUGUUCACCAACAUGCACAAAAUGCCUUCAAGCCCACCGUGAGGCCUUUUAAGAGCAGCGGCUUUACGCUUACUGAGCUGCGACCCAAAUCUGAGACUGUAGGUCAGCCAACACCUCAGCGUUUCACCUCCGUAUUAUCAACACCUAUCAACGCAGUACCCAGACCAGCCAACCCCAGUCCAGCACCGCAGUCAUGGACCACCUCAGCUCAGAAGACUCAGGUGGCCCGACAGAAGUUCUUCCAGUCCGGCGCCCCAUCAGCAGCCAUAAAACCGCCUUCAGAUCUCUCCACGAAACAGAACAGCAGUCACAAGGUGGAGGACAAAGACAAAACAAACGCACUGAUCAGCAGGAAACUGCCUGAAGGAAACUGCAAUAAUAACAAUGCACUUAAAUCUGACCCAGGAACGCAGAGGCAGCUAAACAUCAGAUGCCCUCUUGCUGAGUCCUCCAGCUGGAGGCAGGAGUUACACAGCAGAGAUUCGGGAGAAAAGUUGUUAAAUCAGGCCACCCCAUCCUCCUCUGCUAUCAGCAGAAGCUUCAGCACCAAGGAAUCCGUCUACCGUAGUGCCAUCAGCAGAGAGUGCAAAAGACCUCAAUCCCUGCUGCUUUCCACCGCCAAAGCUGAAGACGUUCAGAGCAGUGAAGUCUUGGUCGACCUGAGAUCAAAGCUUAAGGCACCAAAUGGCCGAGGACUGAGUGUUCAAGAGUCUGUCAAAGAUGUCCAGCUGACUCCUGGGAAAAAUGAAAGCGACUUCUCCAACCAAAAUAAAAAUAUUUCAUGUGCUCCAACCUCUUCAUCAAACAACAUGAAUUCCUCCAGCGAUGUUGCCCAGAAAUCUGUAGUUGAAACGGAAAAACAACUGGGUACCUAUGGCGAAAGUGCUCAAAAUCUGGCUUGUUCAACACCAGGUUGGGCUGUGAACUCUACCCCAGUCCAGACAUUCAGUCCUGAGGUUUCAUGUUUGGGACAGACAUGUGGUGCUUUUAAAAGUGAUUGUUCUGUGUCUUCGUGUGUCUCAUCAUCAUCAUCAUCUCAGUCCUCUAACAGACCUUCUCCAAAACAACCUCGCCGCUGGUCGGCAAGCUCAGAUUAUGAAAACGAAACUUAUUCCAGCAAAAAUGGCUUGACAUCUGAGACAAGUUCACCCACUAUCAAACCUCGCCACAUCCCAGCUGAUCAGAUCACCAAAGAGCUGCAGGACAUUGAGCACAACCUGAACGAUUUGGAGAAUGAGGGUGUAGAGUUGGAGUGGAGACUUCGGGUUUAUGAGGAAGAGGGUCAUGGAGACCUUCUGAUGGAUCCUCUGAUGGUCGACUGGUUUAACUUGAUUCGGAAAAAACAAAGCUACAUACGGCGAGAGUCAGAGUUGAUGUACAUAGCAAGGACACAAGAUCUUGAAGAGCAGCAGCCAGGAGUGGAAGGAGAACUUAGGAGAUUGAUCAAUAAACCAGAGCAUCUGAAGAGUCUGGAUGAAAAGAGAAGGGAGAGCGAGCUGUUGAACAGAUUGAUGGAGAUUGUGAAUGACAGGAACGCCAUUGUGGAGGGUCUUGAGGAGGACAGGAUAAGGGAGGGAGAAGAAGAUCAACAGUUGAAUGAGAUGAUGCAAAGGCUGGGUCUUCGGAAGUUUAAAAGCAAGCGAAAGUCAUCCUUUUCAAAGUUAUUUAGGCGGAGGAGCAAAAAAGCAUCUGUGGGAGAGUGAUGGAUCUUCAGAAGAAGUGAAGACAUCAAUAGUAGAUGUCUUCAGAUGGUUAAAGCGAGGUGGGAGUAGACUUAUGACAUUUUUGUCUCAGUCAGUUUGACAAAAAACAAUCUUUCUUUGUAAAAUCUCCCCUUUUUUUGGAAAUGUAUUGAUUUUGUUACACGUCUUCAUUUAUUUAACUAAUAUAAGUGCAUGUUUAUGUUCUUUGAGUUUAGGUCUUAUGCAAAGUUGAAUUUCUUAAUGCAUUUAUUAAUUUAAAUAAUUAGUGUUGAAUAUUUAUUUUUUAUUCCCAGACUCUCACUUGUUCAGACAUAAACCGUUUAGUUUCAUUAAGAGAGACACACAAUUUUCAAAGCUUAAAUACAUGAUUGUGUUAAUUGACUGAGAACUCAAGAGCAUCUUAAUUUAACCCCCACACCAAAACAAAGUUGAAUGUAUCAUUUAUGUGCUUGUGUGUAAUGCUUAGAGUUGUGGUAAUGGUGUAGUGCUUGCAGUGAACUGAAGGGGGCACUAUGAGCUCACAUGCAUGUGUAAUAGACUUUUAACACUAUUUUAUAUUCCUCAAAAUGCUAAAUCAAGCUGGAGAUUAGCCAGCAGAGGAUCUGGUGCUGGAAAUGCACGGAUUGUUGGUUUUAUUCCUUUUUUUAUUUAAGUCCUCUAACAUAGUUCAAUUAAAUAUGUACCUCAUUUAACUUAAGAAUUAUACUAUGUACAAAGAUGUCUUUUACAUUGGUGUAGAUGACCUGACUGUUUGAAAAACUUAAUGAAGGAAUAAGAUGUUUUAAAAAGUUUUAAAAUUUCUCUUAAGAGAUGCUUACAAAUGG